AUGCGAUGUGUUCUUCAAAUAUUUCUACUCUAUUCUUUGGUUAUCCCCAUUCGAUUAUUCUCAGAACAACAUUUCGACUUUGAAAUUCCAGAAGAUAUCGCGGAAGGUACAUUGAUCGGCAAAAUUCCGCUGGAACCAAAUCUCAACUAUCGAUUAAAUGGUCACAAUCAGUUUGCAUCUGUGGAUAUUCAAACUGGUGAAAUUCGCACUUCUGCACCAUUGAACCGGGAGACAAUUGCACCCAACGGAACAAUUAUUUUGAUUUUAACUGCUGAACCGACUACAAUAAUCGCAGUUCGAAUUAAUGUGCUGGAUGUCAACGAUAACAGCCCGACGUUCCCCUCAAAGCAUAUGAGUGUUUCAAUUGUCGAAUCAGCGGUUAUUGGCAGUCGGAUACGCUUACAACCAGCAAACGAUCCAGAUUUAGCUGAAAAUGGGACGAUUGUAAAUUAUGAGCUUGAAAAUGAAAAAGAAUUUUUUACAUUAGUACGAUCUUCGAACACUUCUGGUGAAGAUGUCUUGCUACUUGAACUACAAACAAAACUAGAUCGUGAGACGAAAGAUCUGUUUGUUCUCAACAUUUCAGCAUAUGAUGGUGGCAGUCCACCUCGCUCAGGCUAUUGCAUAGUUUACGUAAACGUAUUAGAUGUAAAUGACAACCCACCAAUAUUUCGUCAAGCACGUUACGAUGUCCAAUUGAAUGGAUCGGUAUUAUCUAAUGCAACACUAUUGUGGGUUGAAGCUACUGAUGCAGAUGUCGGUGAUAAUGGUCUUAUUAGCUAUCAUCUUACAACAAACCCUUCCAAAUAUUUCCAGAUUGAUCGCAGUACGGGUGCAAUAACUAUUCAGCACACUGCGCUGAACUGCUUAGAAGAUGGUUGUUUGCAAGACUGCUCGGGAAUAUGUGUUUUAACAGUGGAAGCACAAGACCAAGGUGAACCAAAAUUGAUUGGCCAUACUUUGGUUUAUAUACAUCUCACAAAUACCAAUUUGCAUGAUCCCGAAAUCAAUUUCAGGAUCUAUCCAACUGGUUCAGAGGUUGCAUACAUUAGUUCAGAAACAGCUGUAGGCUCAACAAUUGCUGUAAUAACAGCAAAUGAUCGCGAUGACGGGCAAAAUGUUCGAAUAUCUAUAAUUAGUGGUAACAACGAAAAUUAUUUUCAAUUAGAAAGUGGAAAAAAUUACGGUAUUUUACGACAAAACCGAUUAAUGGAUAAGCCGAUCAAGCAGUUUCUAUUGAAAUUUUGUGCAACAGAUGAUGGUGUGCCACCACGUUCUUUGGAGCGUGAUCUGAAGGUUUUUGUUACAAAAUUAAAUGACACGGCUCCAGUACUUGAAGAGAAAUUUAUGAAAGUUGAUAUUUUUGAAACUUCACCGUUGGGGUCAUUUGUUGCUGCGGUUCGAACCUCUUCUGAGGAAAAUUUACACUUUUCGAUUAUUGAAAACAGCGGAAAUGACGGACUAUUUUUAGUUGGUGAAAAUACAGGUAUUGUGACACUUUCCAAAGUAUGGCCAAAUCAUACCAAAUGGAAUUACGAACUUGAAAUAUCAGUACGAAAAACAACGCCUAGUGAUAAAUUUUCGAUCUGCACAAUUCAAAUAACAAUUAUCGAUGUAAAUGAUCACGAACCGCAAUUUUCUGCUCCUUUUUAUGAAGUUGAAGUGUUGGAAGACACUCCACCACUUACUGUCAUCUUUAAAGUUUGUGCAACUGACGAGGACCAUGAAAAUAACAGUGCUAUUUCGUACAACAUAGAAGACCCUGAUAAGAAACAAAUAUUUAUGGUCAAGGAAUCUUCUGGUGAAAUAUUGCUGCGUACAAAGCUUGACCGAGAAACUAAAAAACAGCAUAAAAUUAUUGUUACCGCUACCGAUCACGGCAAACCAUCACGAAGUUCCUCAGUUCUCCUUAUCAUCAACGUCUUAGAUGUAAACGACAAUGAUCCAUAUUUUGCUCAAGUUGAGUACCAUGGUUACAUUGUACGAGGCAAUCCAUCGGGUACUUAUCUCGUACAGCUAGAGGCAUUUGAUAAGGACAGUCCAAAAUUUGCGCAAAUAUCAUAUUUGUUUUAUUAUUCUGUUCCGAGUUCCUUGGAAUUGGACCAUAAAACUGGAAGAGUGUAUCUAGCUACGCAUGCGGAUUUACUUAACUUUGGAUCGAAAAUAGAAAUCAUUGUGGGUGCAAAGGAUAACGGCGGUCGUCUGUCACGUAACAAUGCUACCAUAAAUAUAUGGCUACUAGACAGUAUGCUUCAAGUGCCAAAAUUCAGCACAUCGAACAACUGGUCCAUUGAAGUCUUUGAGAAUUCGUCACCGGAAAAAAUCUUGGCGUCAUUUUCUGUGCAUUCGCCACUCAGGGGUAUUCGCUAUCGUAUCAACACUACUGAUUUGUUGAUCAAUGAAUUUACGGGUGAAAUACGAGCUCGUCGUUCAUUUGAUCGCGAAGUGGAACCUAGAAUUGGUUUCACGAUUUAUGCGGAUGGUGAAUGGUCAACUGCAAUGCACCAAGGAACGCUGAAUAUCCUUGACCAGAAUGAUAACUCUCCGAUCUUUGAACUUGAUGGAACAGCUCAUUUUGUUAUUGAUUCUCAGCGGAUAGGGAUUGGUGCAGAAUUGUUUCGAUUACGAUGUCACGAUCCAGAUGAAGGUCGCAAUGGUCACAUCACAUUUAGUAUCAAUAGUAGUUUUUUCAGCAUUGACUCAGAAACGGGAAUUGUGCAAUUGGUGAAAUUUCCUAAUAGUUUCAAUCAGUUGCAAUUCCAUGUGACGGCAACUGAUGGCGGUGAACAAUCACGACACAGUACUAUUAGAGUUGUGGUAGAAAUCAAGGAAGAUGAAGAACUCUAUUCAUUUCCGCCAGUAAUCGCAUUAUCGAUACCAGAAAAUAUACCUUUGGGAACAAUUAUAACCACUUUAGCACCCAAAAAUAUAACCCAACAUUUUGAAUUCCAAACAUCUGGAGUUACGGAAAACCAUCCAAUUCAAAUUCUUCCAUCUGGUGAAGUUUUCGUUGCAUCUAAGAUUGACCAUGAAAUUAUGAAUUACCUAUCAAUUUCUGUUGCUGCUUUCAAUUCAUACAAAAAUUCAAAUUCAGUUCCAAACAAGCACGAAUUCCUACUCCAGCUCUAUAUAGAGGAUAUUAAUGAUAACGCACCUCAAUGCCCUAACAAAAAUAAAUUCAUCAUUUUCGAAAAUAACAUCCCUGGUGCAAUUGUGGGACUUUUUAAUGGUAUUGACGAUGACAGUGAUCCAAAUGGGACGUUGUUGUACGAAAUGAUAUAUGAUACGACGAGAAUGUUCAGCAUUGAUCCUCAUACUGGAAUUAUCCGAACAUUAUUGGUGUUGGAUUUCGAAUUGGCUCAAUUCCACAAUUUAACCGUCAUUAUUACGGAUGGAGGCUUGUUAAAAGCAAACUGUACGGUAGUGGUUGAAGUGGAAGAUUCAAACGACAACGUACCGUACUGGGAGAAGGAAUUUUAUCAUUUCGAUAUUUCACCAAAUGCAGGAGAUUAUUUCGUCGGUAGAGUAGUGGCGCAAGAUCUGGACUCUGCUCUAAAUGGUGAAGUUAGAUACAGACUGCAGCAGAAAUGGGUGCCGUUUAAGAUCAAUGAAAGUACAGGUGACAUCACACGGAAUGGUUCUGUGGUACCAAGUCAUGUUUAUAACAUCACCGUGAUUGCAACAGAUAGAGGCAUUCCUCCACUCUCUAAUGCAACUUUUGUUUUCAUUCACAGUGAUGCAGAAAAAGAUUGUACACCUAAUUUUACAAGUUAUCCAAACAAUGAUAUUAAGAUUGACAACAGUUUAGUUGGACAAAUGAUUACUCGAAUACAUGCAGUUGCAUGCGAUCAAGAAGUACUGUACUCGUUAAGUUAUGGUCAUUCAAGUAGUAUUCAAAGCAAUCUCGGAUUGUUUUGGAUUGAUUCUACUGACGGAAGCAUAUUUUUAAUGAAAAACUUAGAUGAAUAUAUUGGAGAGCGAAUUGAAUUGAUAAUUAAAGCUGAAACGAUAUCGGUUUUUAAUAGUGUAACUUUUGGAGUUAUGCUAGUGGACAAAAGGAAUAGAAACUCUGAUAUGGAUACGAUUACAAUUCAUAUUCAGGAAAACAAUAUUGUUGGUGAAGUAUGUGGCAAAAUAGAAACAUUGGGGAGAGAUUUGCAGUUGUUACGUCAAAUACCAGCUGGGAAAGCAUUUCUCUUCCAACAACAGAAUUUGAUUUGUAUUGAUGUGUUGGAUCGUGAACAAGUGGACUUUUAUCGUCUGGUUGUUGCUGAAAGUGAUGGUUUGAAGUCAAUGGUCAUUACAGUUCAAGUAGAUGAUGAAAAUGAUAAUUCUCCAGAAUGCUUUGGAACCAAAGCAGUUCUAGUUGGUUCUGAGUCAUCGUUCGUCCCAUGGAAUUGUUUAGACAGGGAUACUGGUUUGAACGGAACAAUUGGUUAUAAAGUUAUGGAGAGUCCAGAAAUAGUUUCUGAAAUAAACGACAGUGGUUUCAUAGUCAGUUCUUUCUCAGGCGAUCCGAAGUAUUUUUCUGUAUUGGUUUACGAUCGAAACACUAACAAUAGAUUUGAAGACGAUAAAUUACGAAGGACCACUGAGCUUCACUAUAUUUUGAUCUCGAUUAAUCCAAGGCUGGAAGCACCAGUUGAAUUCAAGAAGCGGUAUCAGCUUGACCGAGACAUCCAACUUGGCACGGUAUUUGGUACCGUAAUAGCGAAAACUGGCGCUAAAGUUGAAUAUUUUACUACCUCAUUUAAAAAUGAGAAACAUGUGAAUAGCGUGCAGUGGGCUGAUAUUGAUCGUCAAACUGGACAGUUGCAAAUUAACCAGAAACCGGAUGAUCAUCUGGUGAGCAUGGAAAUCACGCUACUGUCAGAAGGAUUCACCAAGACAAUUGCAUUUGUUGAGAUUGAUAUGUGUGGUAAUGCGCAUCUAGAACUUCAAAGCACAGACGCGAUGUCAUUUAUAUGCAAAUAUAAAUUUGUUGCUGUCUCGACACUAUUGUUCGUCCUAUUGAUGUCCCUGUAUGCACUUGUUCGAUCAUGCGUGUGUUUAUAA